AUGAGAAGAACAACAUAAACAAAAUAAUUAAGCUUAUUUGACUCAAUCCUAUCAGGGUAAGCAUAAAAAGAAGAGGAGGAAAAGUAGAUGAAAUAUAGUGUGAAGAAUCAAAAUGACUAAGGUAUCCAAAACACAAAAUCAUUGCAUAAUUUAAAUGAUAUCUUUUAUUCAAACAUCAUGGAUUAUAAGGAUUUCAAAUAAUCGUUGAGAUACAAUAACAAAAAUUUGAAAAAAAUAGCUUUGGAAAAUAUUAAGAAUCCUCAUCCAAAAAUUAUUAAGAAUUUAAUUAAGUUCGAUCUAAGUGGACUUGUAGAAUUAAAGUUGGUCAGUAUCGAUAUCACUGAUUCUAAAUUUGAAAUGUUUCUGAAAAAGGGAGGUUUAUCAAAUUGUUUUAAAAAACUAACAAUCUUAACUUUAAAUUGCUAAUCAAUGACUUCUAGUUCCUUGGAGUAUUUAUUUCAAGGGAAUCAAAUAAUCAAGUAUUUAGAUUUGAGUCACACUAAAAUUGAUAAUUAGGGCAUAUUUUACAUCUCCAAAUUAUAAUGGCCAUAUUUAGAAACCUUCAUCAUACAAUGGUGUAAUAAAAUAAAUAACUUGAAUGAUUUGGGAUAGAAUGCUGAGAACUUUCCCAACCUUAAAAUUCUUGACAGCAGAUUCGUAUACGCAAAUAAUGAAGCAUACAGCAAAGUGGUAAAUUCUUAACUUAGUAUAACAUUAAAUAAUCUACGUCUAUUUGGUACUGAUGUAGAUUUAGAGAAGAUCUAAUGGAAAUAAAGUUUUCUAUUGAAUUUGUUUAUGGAAAAGAUAAGGGGAUUAAACACAUAAGAAUUUAUUAUUCAAAAUAACCCAACUUGCGAUAGAACAACUGAUAAUUACAAACAGAUGAGAGUAAUGACAAAGAUCUAUAAGGAUAAGGAUUAAUUAAUGUCAAUAAAUCUAUCUUGGAAGAUUGAUCCUUCCACUGUGUAAUUACAAUUUAUAGAGACUGUGGAGACUAAGGAUUAACAGUUUAGUAAUUUUGGUAAAUUGUUUGAGUUUUUGUCUAAGGAAUGGUAAUUGAGGAAGUCUUUAAAAAAAAUGAAUUUAAAUUUUGAUAAAAUCUAAUGUGAUGAGCUUAAUUUCGACAUUCUAUUAAAAACUAUAGUUGAUUUUAAGGAAAUGAAAUAGCUCUAAUUGAUUGUAUAAAAUCAAAUGAUGUUGAAACCUGUAAGCUAUUAUUUUGUAUUUAAUUAAAUAAGUGAAUUACAAAAAUUAAUUUAAUUACAACUAGAUUUAUAAAAUGAUAGAUUGGUGAUAAAUGAUAUUUUGUUAAAUAAAAUAUAUCGAUCUCUGUAAUAGUUAACAAAUUUGAACGUUUUGGAAUUAAAUAUAAGAAACAAUAAAAUAGUAAAUGUUUUGGAUUUAUAUACCUUUAAUUAUCAAAUCACAACUUCGAUUUUCAAUCCUGUAUUGAACCACAUUACUUUAUUGGAGACUACUGACGAUAAUUUAAAUUAUCUUUUUUCAGAUGCUGUCUCUCUUUUAUAUAGUAAUCCAUUUAAAAUUAUAAACAUCAAUAAUUUCUAAAAUUUUAUCUUAUAAGAAGAUCAAAAUAACACUAAGGAAAGAUUAUUCGAAAAAAUAACAAGAGAAUAUUAAAAAUAAAAACGAAAAUUAUUGUAUAGUGCAGUGAUUGCUGACAAUUCAGAAAGGAACUGA